AUGACGCUAAAUGUGUUAACACAUCAAAACGAUAUUCUAUCUGCUUACGAUGUUGUACUCAAAUCGCCAGGCUAUGACCACUGGGUAAUUCUGGAAUAUGAAAGCAACUCGAAUAUCAUUAAGGUGGCAGAUACUGGAGAUGGUGGUAUGGAAGAAUUGUCGAGGAGCUUUGCAGCCGGAAGAUUGCAGUAUGGCAUCGGAGCUGUCAAAUGGGGUGCUUCCUCGAGUGCAAAAAUCGUCCUUAUCCAGUGGCAGGGUGAAGGUGUUCCAUCGUCACGUUUAGUUACAACAGCUAAUCAUGGUACAGAACUGAAACGGUUCUUGCGCGGCGUACAUGUGAUUGUAACUGCUCGAAGCGAAGAAGAUGUUGACAUGGAAAGCAUUUUGCGUGUAGUCGGGAGAUUGCCGGGGGUGAAUGAAGCUAUGCCAGCUUUAACUGAAAUUUCGCAAUUCACGCAUCCAAAGACAGUUGGGACUACCUAUCAACCGGUGAAACCAAAAAAUGAAAUCGAUGCAAAUGGCAGAGAAAUUUUCUGGAAAGAAAUAAGAGCGCAGGAGAAUGAUCGAAUUGCUGAAGAAAGGAAGCGAGAAAAGGAAAAGAAUGAAAUAGCUCUUCGUGAAAGAAAUGAAUUAAGUGAAAGAAUACAUGCCCAACUGUGUUCAGAAGAAGGAACUAAAAAAACCAGUAAACCUUCAAAUCCAGCAAUGUAUGAAAAAAACAUAAUUCGAGCGAAUGAUUUAAUGCGGGUUGAAGAGGGCUUGUUCAAGAAAGUGUCGAAUGAACCGCAGCAAUGUAUCGCAGAAGCCUAUAAAUUACAAAAGGUGACUGAAGAGCAAACAGCAAUAAAACAAGCUUCAGGAUACAUUCCAACCGAUGAAGGGAAUGCUAAUGUAAUCCAAGAGAAUGGUCUUGAGAACAGAUCGCAGCAAAAGAGAAGUCAGCAGGAAGUUGGAAUAAGCAGUUCUGUUAUUUACCAAGCAGACAGAAAUUGCACCCAGGAGGAUACUUUGAAAGCAUACUAUGAAAGUGAAGUAACUCGAAUAAUGGGAGAUGCGAAGUCGGCACAUGGAUUGCGUGUUAUAGCUUUGUGGGAUUAUCAGGCUGCUGACGAAACUGAGAUUUCAUUCGGUCCAGAUGAUGUUAUUACGGAAGUGGAUCAAAUUGAUGAAGGUUGGUGGCGAGGUCGAGCUCCGGAUGGUCAAUAUGGACUCUUUCCCGCUAAUUACGUUAGUUUGUUGUGAGCAAGUGAGAGAGGAAGAUUUCCAGUCCGUUUAUCUAGUAAGACUUCCGUUUUUUCUAAAGAACUUUCGCUGCCAAACAAAAUAUAUGUGAAGUUACAGAUCACUUUAAGAAAUGUGAUACAUUUCCUGAUUUACUAGUCCCUUAUGUAUUAUACAGUUGUCGUGUCUCGAAUUCAUUGCUGUAGAGGCUUUGUAGUUGAUUACUUGCAGUUAGUUUAAGAAGUCG